AUGGUACACGGACAUGCGCAUCACAAACAUGGCGACGUUCCCCAGAAACGAAGCCCCGACGACGGUGUCACCGUCGUUUACGUGACGGCCCCAGCUGAUUUCGACGGCCCCGUCGCGGGUUACGUGACCGGCGAAAAGCCUGCCGCCACGAAAGCCAACGUUGGUGUAGGAGCGCCCGUAGGAGCGACGAGGGCGGCAACCAAGGACGACGAUGAUGACAAGCCGACGAAGACCGCGGAGGCAGAGACGAAGAAGACGGCCGAGGUAGAGACUCAGAAAACGGCAGAGCCCAACACGCAAAAGACUGUCAAGGAGGAACCGAAAACCACCGAGGAAAAGACGCAACCGACUGCGACUCGCAACACCAAGCCGCAGACCACCCAGGUGCAGGAGACUCAUACGCAGCAACAGCCAACUCGAGUAUCUGCCACCCAGGAGGAGAAGACGACCGCCGUUCAAACAACGUUGUCAACCUCCACGUCUUCCAAAUCGCCUUUGUCCGGCACUGGCCUGGAGAACGCGGCCGCCACCAAUUCAUCUUCGCUGGACAAGUCGACCGCCUCGCCCUCCGCCGUGGCCGCGAGUUCGGGUGGUAUGUCGGACGGCGCAAAGGCGGGUAUCGCCAUCGGUGUCAUCUUGGCCGUCGGCCUGGUUGCUGGUCUGAUCUUCUUUUGCCUGCGCAAGAAGAAGCGGGGCGAGAAACUGGACGAUGCGGCAUCCGAAAACGAAAAGGUCUUCGUAUCCAACGACGUUGUACCCCCAGGACCUCCGCCUAAGAUCGAACCCGUGGCUCCAUCCAAUCCCCCGCAGCUCAACGUCCGACCCGUCACCCAAUUCGCUCCUGAUCUUACCCCUAGUAACAGUAUUGCGGCUCUCUCUGUUGGCGGUGUCGAAGACAGUCUCACGCCCGCUGCUGCUGCUGCCGCCGCCGCACCGCGUAAUCUAACCGGAGACAGCUCGCCUCACACUCCAACGUCGAGUUCUGGCAGCAACACGAACCCUUUCAAUGACCCUGUCAAUCCCUUUGCUGGCCAGGCUGAGGCCUCCUCUCCGGCCAACGCGGCACACUCGGUCAGUCCAUCUGCCGCUUCCGCCGCGACCCCUGCCGGCUCCGAGGCAGCUUCUCCGGCGGAUGGGGCUCCUCCGUCGGCCGUCGGGGCUGCGGGUGUCGCGUCGGCCGCGGCGGUCGGUGCCGUUGCAGGUGCCGCAGCGUCUUCAUCCUCAGAGGGAUCCGGCAAGGACCUGCCUGACCGUCCCGGAACUGCAGCAUCUCAAACCCCUUCGGACUUUAGUCGGACUGCAGCCAGCCCAGAUAGCGCAGUUGCCGCCGUUCCGGCAUUCGGGCCUGCGGGACACGCUCCGGCUCCGUCCAACGUGCAUCGCGUGCAGAUGGAUUUCAAUCCCUCGAUGGAAGAUGAGCUGGAACUUCAUGCCGGCCAGCUCGUGAGGCUCUUGCACGAGUAUGACGACGGGUGGGCUCUUUGCGUCCAACUCGACCGUUCCCAGCAGGGAGUGGCCCCGCGCUCCUGUCUCUCUUCUCGCCCCGUGAAACCUCGUUCCCGGCCACCCCCCGGAGCAGGACCCGGCCCUCGGGGUCCCCCGAUGAUGGCACCCAACGGCCCUGUCCCAGGACCUCAGCCGACCCGUUUCUAUCCCCAGGAUGGUCGGUCCAUGUCCCCAGUCUCCUCCCGUCCCAUGUCGCCCGCCCAACGUCCCAUGUCCCCGGCUCAUCCCGGCUAUGCCGGACCUCCCCAGCCACGCCCGCAUGGGCAGCGGCCUAUGUCCCCCGCCCAGUUUCCCCUCGUUCCCCGGUCUUACUCGCCGGGACCGGGACAGCGCCCCGCGCCGCCUCGCUCGAUGAGUCCCGGACCCUACGGACCGCCCGGUAUGCAAAGGCCGGACAUGCCGGCGGCGCAGCGACAACGCAGCAACAGUGCGGGCGGACCGAUUCCACGCACGACCGCGUCUCCGGGACCGAGUCCUCUUGCGGCCCCCAUGCCUCCCCCCACCGGUGCUCUCCCCGCCCUUCCCACCGCAGCUCUGACGUCCGUCGAGAAGCCCAGUCCAGACCAUGAGGCUCAGCCCCAGUAG